AUGGCUGUUCUUCAUGUACCAUCAUGUGAAUGUGCAAAAACAGAGUUGAAAUUAUUCUCUGUUUCACCUAUACAAACAACAAUUGAAGGUUCUCAACUAGUGUUGUACAAGCCAAUUCCAUCGUUAACGGAUAAUUCACCUAUUGAAUUUGUCGUUCAAUGCCAAAGAGAUGAAUACAUAGACCUCGCGCAUACUAUGUUGAAUUCAAAAGUCAAAAUUACAGCCCGCCAUACGCCAAUGGCUGCAAGUGAUCCUAAAGCCGGCCCGCAACCUAUGGCUGUCGCGCCUAUAAAUAAUUUUAUGCAUUUUAUGUUUAAUCAAGUUGAAGUUCUUUUUAACCAAAAAUGUGUAUUACCUCCUAAUAGUUUAUACGUCUAUAGAGCCUACAUUAAAACACUGUUAAAUUAUGGACGAGACGCGAAAAAUUCACAUCUGAGUACCGUUGGCUGGGCUCAAGAUACACCUAGUAAAAUGAACAGUCUCACUGAUGAGAAUGAAGAGCUGAAAAAACGUCGUCAAUAUUUAUCAUAUGGAAAAACGUUUGAUUUUUUUGAUCAUUUACAUUGUGACGUGUUCAAUCAAGAACGCUUUUUAAUAAAUGGCGUGGAAAUACGCUUACGCUUGACAAAAUCUCGAGAUUCGUUUUGUUGA